CUGAAUCCUAUUAUCCUCAAUAAAAAAACACUUCCCUUCCUUCUGUUAGCGUGUUUGGCAUAGGUAAUGUAAGCAAAAGGAGAUUCUGUGCACCUGCAUCCACCAAGGUCUUAGACCGUCUUAUCACACAAAUGAAAAAGUCAAACAAAUCGGUUGCUCUUUAUAAGUUGGUCACAAAGAAAUUGAAACUUGCGAAAAAAUCCGGGAGGAAUGAAUUUUACAAGGUCACGUGUUAUAUGAAAUGCUCAGUAGUGUGCCUGAGAAUUUGAAAUCAGUUGUCGAUGAUCUUAUUAAGAAAAUCACGUCUAAUAAACGCAAAUCAUUUUCACGUAGUGAUGUACAGCAAUUCUAUUCUCUCGGUGAAAACCUUUUUACUUGUCACUCAAAGCCAACGUCAUUGUCAGAAGUUGAAGGAAAGCUGUUUUCGAAACUUCUAGUAGAUGGACGAGACACUGAUUCAGUUAUACUUAAACGCCUUCUAAACAAUUUGCACAGCUUGCCUUCAGUUACGCGAAAAGCUGAAAUUUUGGAUUUCUUGUAUCUGUUAUCCAAAUACAAUUAUCGACGCAAAACUGAUAUUCGUCAAAAUUCAGGAAAUAAUGGUUCCAGUGGCUUUUACUCAGACUUGACGUCUCAUCCUUCUCUUCAGUCAAAAUCCAAACCUCCUACUCCAAGUGCAGGAUCUACUAUUCGACCUGUUGACCAGCCAUUCCAUGCAACAGGGGACCACUUGAUUGAUUUAUGGGGUCCACCUGCUGGUGAUACAUUUAAAGUUCCUCCCGUUCCAAGCCAUAAAAUUAAUCGUCGUGUCCUUGGUCAACACACCAAAAACUCUUCAGUUCCUAAAGCUCCUAAUCGGACAACAGUUCCAGAAACUGAUAUCCUCCGUGAAUUAUUAUUUGUAUUGAGCGGUGGAGGUGGGAAUUUAGUUAAAUUUAAGGAUUCACCGGAUUCCUUUGAAUUAGUGAUCAGUCCAAAUAUUUCUGAUAGUCAAAAAGAUGCAGUUCAAAAAAUUGCUAUCUGUGGUUGGCUACAUAAUGCAAUUCAACACUGGAUGAGAAGUGCUCAAAGUAAUCGAUUUGGUGGUGUUAUCUUACAAUGUUUUACGACUGGAUUACAUGAACACAUGACGGAGUAUUAUGGUCUACUUGCUCGUUUAGAAUCCGAAUUGAAUCAAGAGAAACACAAUUUCAGUGAUCAAUUGAGUCAUUCAGAUCAAAUUAUUAGUGACCAUGCUAAAUAUACAGACAACUUCUCCGGUUUACUCCCUGGUAGAGCUGAUUAUCAUGGUGGUCGUAAUCCAAGCGGUGGAGAUACUGCUACUACUACUACUACUACUUCAAGCAUUUACAGUCGAAAUACAUUAGCAUUAGUGGCAACUAACCAACCGUUGACAUUAAGUCGUUUAAUCAUGUGGACUACAGAGCCACGAUUAAGAUUAACACUUCUACUUAGUCUAUGCAAUGUUUGUCAUGGAUUUAAAGGCGGUGAACUAGCCUCUAAAGUCUACGCGUAUACACUUCACGGAGAUCCUGAUGUACAAAAAAUUAUGGGACAUUUAAUGUCAAAAGUUGCCUCAGGUGUAUUACACUUUAUUAACCAGUGGAUUUUUAAUGGUUAUUUAGACGAUGCAUAUCAAGAAUUUUUUGUUCAAGCUAAUACGGGGAUAAAAAUCGAUCGAUUAUGGUAUGAUAAGUAUACACUACGGCUUAAUAUGCUACCGAAAUUUAUUACAUUGAGUCAAGCGAAAAAGAUUCUUGUCACUGGAAAAUCGGUCAGCUUUUUAGUUCAUGUUUGUGGAGAGAAAGAUGGCAUUAAAAAGCAUGAGGCUAUUCGUCGGACACGCCUUACAAAUGCCCAACCAAUGUAUGAACAAGAUUUGGAUCCUUCCUUCAAUCAAAUGUUAUGUACUGUAUAUAAACUAACGAGUCAAUAUUUAGUAGAAACAUUAAUAAAACGUUAUCAUUUCUUGGAUCAUUUAAGGGCUACGAGACAAUUCCUCCUUUUGGGACAAGGUGAUUUUAUUCAACAUCUUAUGGAUUUACUAGAUUCCAGUUUGAAUAAGCCAAGUUCACAAAUAAUCUUCAGUCGGUUAAGUAGUAUACUGGAGACAGCUAUACGCGAUACAAAUGCACAAUAUGAACAACCAGAAAUAUUACAACGUUUAGAUGUUCGACUACUGGAUAUCUCAUCACCCCAAGAUACUGGAUGGGAUAUCUUUUCAUUGGAUUAUCAUGUUGAUGGACCAUUGGCUACCAUAUUCACUGAUAAUUGUCGAUUUAUGUAUUUAUUCUCAUUUAAUUUUCUUUGGCGGGCAAAACGUAUGGAGUUUACAUUGUGUAAUUUAUGGAAACAACAGUUGUGUACAACACGUCUUGGAAAUAACCUACAAAUUGAUUUAUCUGUCGUACUACAUUUAUUACAGUUGUUCGGCGCAGAGAUUCGACAUUUUAUACAACAAUUACAAUAUUAUAUUAAUUUUGAAGUCCUAGAAUGUGCUUGGGAGAAUCUUGUGAAACAAGUUCAUGCUGCUGAAGACUUGGAUAGUGUUGUCAAUGCUCAUCAAGCUUUUCUAUCCAAUGUCUUUACACGUUGUCUACUAGAUGCUGAAUCACGUCAAUUACUUGGCCAGUUGAGAGCAGUAUUCAAUUCAAUAUUAGAUUAUUCUCAAUUACAUCAAGAUUUUAAUAUAACUGCAAUGCAUGAAAAUGAGAAACGUGAAAAGUAUAAAGCUGAGGUACAGCGGUGUACAAAAACUGGUAAAUGGGGAACUAAUCGAUUACAAGAAGAGCAAGAGUCUAUUCGUCGUAAAGAAUUUGUCGAUAAUAAAUUGGCUCACCUACAAGCUCAAAUUCGUAUUCAAGCAGCUGCCUACCGUGCAAAUGUUAUCAAAUUUAUUGAAAUGCUAUUGAAUCAUACAGAUCCUAGUUUACGUUUAUUAGCUGAACAUAUGAAUUUUAAUGGACAUUAUUGUAAUUCAGCACCAGGAUCAUCAUGUGCAACUGGAUCUGUUACCUCGGGAUAUCCUAUUCCAGUAGCAGUUGAAGGAGGAGCCGGAGACGGCGAAGGAGGUUAUCAACAAAAAGCAAAAUCUCUACCAUCAUCAUCGAUACCCCCUUCAUCCUUACAACAACCACACGAACACCAACAACAAGAAGUCAAGAAUAAUGCUAUACGACACAGUAAUGUUAUUAUCUUAAGAAGUGCUAUGCCAUAUUCUGGUUCAGUAACUUCCACAUCAUCAUUGACAGUUGCAUCUAGACACCAAGAAACACCAUCGUGUACUUCACAGGCGAGUGAUAUAACAUCGAGUCGAAAGACUUCAACUGGAUCAUCAGAUGACUAUAAAGGUGGAACUGUUCUUAUUAAAUGAAAAAUAAAAUUAUAAUAUAUUUCAUAUACUGGUAAUGAUGUAUUUAUGCUUUUUUCUAGAAAGAUCUCUAUCUCUCUGUCUGUCUGUUUGUCCUUAAGAUGCACGCACUCACACACACACACACACAGGGACUCACUCACAUGCUCACUCGCACCCAUUCCACCCCCACCCCCGCUCAUUUUGCACAAUACCCUACCACAUUAGACUUAUUCUUUUUAUAAAAAUUGAAUUAUAGUGGAAAUAGAAUAAGAACUCUUAGAUUUCUGUAUGUGUACAAAUGCAUCUGUAUAUCUUUGUGUGUGUAUGUGUAUGGGUGCGUGCGUGCGUGCAUAUGUACUGGCGUCUGUUUGUAGUUUUGUGUUUUUGAAGUGUGUGUGUGUGUACUUGUCUUGUAGCUGUUGUUCACAUUCUUGUUUAAUAUUCUCUUCUCUUUCAAUUGUAUGUGUUACCUUGUGCACACACACACAACACACGUAUACAGUGUUUAAUAAUAAUAUUAUUAAUAUUAUUAUUAUUUUUUCUAAUUCGAAGUUUGCUACUACCAUUUAUUUGGUUUAAAUGUAGCUUCUUUCUUUUUGUAUGAUUUUAAUAAUAAUAAAAAAAACAGAAUGUGUUUACAGUUUAUUGGUG